CAGUUUGAUUUGUUUACAUGAGGCCAUCUUUUACCAUGUGAAUUGUUGUGAAUGUGAUAAUUUUGGGAAAUUAAAUCUCUGCGCUCAAAAUAAACGCUAAAUUGUUAAUAUAAUUUUCUAAUAAUUAAGUUAAAUAUUUCAAAGGGCAAAGUUUAACACAGUUUUAGAAAAAUGCCAAAAUUAGACGAAAAACCUCGAGUAUAUCUUGAGGAAUUUCGAGUUAAGAAUGCACCCAAUGAUUAUGGAAUGGCUGAUGAAAAGUGGAAUUUUAAAAAGUUUACGAAAAACAUGCGUAUAGUUAUCGUAAGAAUGGAUAAUUUAGAAAUGGAAUUUGAUAUAAUUGGUAUACAACCAGCCUUUGCAAAUGCUUUUCGAAGGCUUAUGUUGAGUGAAGUUCCAAGCAUGGCUAUAGAAAAGGUUUUUAUUAGAAAUAAUACAUCAAUUAUUCAAGAUGAAAUUCUUGCUCACAGACUUGGAUUGAUUCCAUUAAAAGCUGAUCCGAGAUUAUUUGAAUACCGCCCAGAAGGGGCUACUGAGGGCACCGAGUUUGAUACAUUAGAGUUUUCAUUGAAGGUAAAGUGCACUACCAAUAAAUCACAAACAAAAGAGUCAUUUAAGCCUGAAGAUAUAUAUGAAAAUCAUAGUGUAUACUCAUCUCAAAUCAAAUGGCAUCCCAUUAGCAAUCAAGCAUCGGUGCACAAGGAUGGCGAUAUAGGUCCUGUUCAUGGUGAUAUUUUAAUAUCAAAAAUGAGACCUGGUCAUGAAUUAGACUUAAGUCUGAUAGCUGUCAAGGGCAUUGGAAAAGAUCAUGCUAAGUUUUCUCCUGUUGCUACAGCAACAUACAGACUAUUACCAGAAAUAACAUUAAGACGGGAGGUAAAUGGUAGCGAAGCCACUUUAUUACAAAGUUGCUUUUCACCAGGAGUUAUUAGUAUUGACUCAAAUGGAUGUGCCUAUGUAAAGGAUGCACGCUAUGACAGCUGCAGUAGAAAUGUUUACAGAUAUGACAAUAUAAAAGAUUCAGUCAUAUUAAGCAGAAUAAGGGACCAUUUUAUUUUUAAUGUUGAAUCAGUUGGUGCAAUGCCUCCACAGGCAAUCUUUAUUGAAGCAGUUAAAAUUUUGAGAGACAAGUGUAAAACAAUAUUGGAUGAGCUGAACACAUUUUAAGCUUUAUUAAAUAAAACCUGGAUAAUAAAACAAAUUAAUUGAAUUAUCU